AUGGCUUAUACUCGCAGAACAGCAAAUUUUGAGAAAAAUGAAUUCUUCAAAAAUUCAGAAAAUAAUUCAUCAUCAACUGCUGGAACUUCCCAAAAACCAAUGGAAAAUUUUGUUAGUUUAAGCAGCAUAAAUCCUUACAUAACCUGCCCUCUAUGUAAUGGGUAUUUUGUUGAUGCAACUACAGUCAUUGAUUGUUUACAUACUUUUUGUAAAUCGUGUUUGCUCAAAUAUUUUGAUGAAGAUAACACAGACUGCCCAAAAUGUCAUUAUCAAAUCCAUCAAUCACAUCCUUCACAUUAUGUGGCCUUUGACCGUACAAUGCAAGAUAUUGUUUAUAAAUUGGUUCCGGGAAUGCAGGCAGAAGAACAACGACGAAGAGAACAAUUUAAACUUAAACAAAAGAAAAAAGAAGAGAAAGAACGAAAGGAACAGGAACAAAAUGGAUCUUUUGAAAAGGAUGAAAAUGGAGGAGAGUUGGCUUCAAAUGAAUCCUCAGAAACCUCGAAAUCGAAUGAAGAGGAGAAUAAAGGAAAAGAAGUUUCUUCAAAUACGAAGGAUGAUGAUGAAUGUUGUAGUUCAGAACAAGAUCCGUCAUUAAUGCAUAGAAGGCUUUAUCCGGGGGACGGGUUAGUCUUUUUUAUGAUCUUGGCAAGAUCCAGUUUCGUACUUUCCUCCUCCACCCCUUUUUUUCCUUCCCCAGUUUUCAGCAUUUUUUUGUCCUUCGUCCUCAAUUCCUUCCUCAAUUCAUUUAAAGAAACUCGGGUUUAUCUGGGUGAUUUAAAAGUUGUCAAAAUAUAUUUCCCUGUUUUUGUGUUUUCUAAAGCUUUUGCAACCAUCAAUACUGUUAAACGUCUUCUUGCUUAUCUACUGUUUGCUGACAUUACAAAAUAUAAUGAAUUUGACAUUUUUUGUAACUAUGAACUUAUGGGGAGGGAUUUCUCCAUGGUAUUUGAAAAUUUAUUUGUUUUUUAAAGAGGGGGUUUUUCUCAGGCUUCCGAGGGAUUUUGGAGGAGAUUUUCGUGAAUUUUGUGGCUUUCAUGGGAUUUUUGAGGGGAUUCAUUUUCACAUU